AUGCGCCAGUACAGCAACAUUUCGCGCACCGACAGACAGGGAGCAGGGAGAGCAAGGACUCCCUAUCACCAUGCCAUGAGAUCAUCCCGCUGCGUUCUUCUGCUGUUGGCGCUGACGGGUUUGUCCGGGAGUCGCGUUCUCUCGUUGGAGACAGCCGUAGAGAGCGCCCCUCGUGCCAAGGCUGCUCGUGAUUUGCAGGAGGUGCACACAGCGGCAUCAGCAGCACUCGACGCUUCAAGUCAACAGCAAGGUGGAGACGGGCGCCGUGAGCUCGAUGUAGCUGCACGCGUGGCGGCACGGUGGCCGAAGCCUUCAGGACGAAAGCAGCCGGUAGCGACAGCGGCGUUAGACGGGGGCGAGGCCGACGAAGCUUCCAGCGGAGGUUCCUGGGGUUUCGAUAGGAACGCUGGCGGAGAGGGAGGCGGGGACGCCAGGGCCAGAGGAUGGCAAUACGGGGUCAGGAAGCCGCGUCAGUCGGAGGCCGCAACGUUCUUCAACUCGCUCGACGAGAACUCGGACGGUGUUCUGGCCGAGGACGAGAUCAGAGAGUUCGUUGGUUACGUCGGAGGAAGCAGCUUGGAUGAUAACUCGGAGAUCUUAGGAGGCGUGUCUACCGUCAUGGGUCGUCUCGAUACGGACAGCGAAAAGGGCAUCGGCCUCAAGGAGCUCAGCUCUUGGAUUAAUCGCCUGGGACCGAUGUUGACCGUCGAGGAGGCGGCGGACUGGGUGUCUCAUGCUGUCCAGCUGCCCCGAGAAGUCGCCGAAGCCUUCCGGAGCAACUCCAUCUCCGCCUACGACUUCCCCGAGCUCGUCGAGGACAACGGUGCCGGCCUGUACGACCUUGGCAUCAAGAGGAAGUUCAGGAAGCGAAUCGUGAAGGCAAUCGAAGUCAGGCUUCUUGGUCUGGGGGACGAGCCCCCUCUCCCCGUGCUGCACCCGCCCUCCUACCUCGGGGGCGGCAAGGCAAGGAUAGAGUGGUCCGCCGGAGGGGUGGGGGACGCGGGAGACGGUGCCCCGGAUGGGGAAGGUGACUCGCCGGCGGCGGCAGCAGCAGUAGCAGCAGCGUCUGCCGGCGGGCCGGCCGAAAGCGAAAACGAUGAUGGCGCUCCGCGGGAAGAAGACGGAGUUGGCGAUCACUCUUCGGCGAUGCUGCUGCCGCCGCCGCCGCCGCCGCCUGCGGCCUCGUCACUGUCACGUGCGGCCACGUUCCCGGUGCACAAGUACGUCCUGCAGCGGUCUUGCCCUCACAGCUACGCCGCGGCGUCGUUGGAGGCCGGCGCGGGAGGGGGGGCGGCGGCGGAGAAUCAGGGUACCGGCGGCGGAGGGGGGCGGGGGUUCGUGGAGGGCAACGGCGGCGGGGGUGGGUGGGUAACCAUCCACGAGGCGGAUGAUGUCGCGUCCGUCAGCGGCUCUUCGAGUUUCGUGUUUGUCGACUCCGGCCUGUCGCCCGGGAAGACUUACGUGUACAGGGUGCGCGCUUGGAACCUCAUCGGACACAGCGAGGCGCCCACUGCGCACGUCACCACCCCACCGGUCCACUCCCUCUGGACGAAACCGUGGCGGCUCAUCUCGCCCUGGUGGCCAACCGGGAAAAUUUCCGCCGCUUCUUCUAGUUCCGCCGCAUCUCCGGCAGCCUCCGGCCUCCAAGUGCCCGAAGGCAUGGGUGCGCCUUCCUCUGUUGCGAGAACGGCCGGACCUACCGAAGCGGGCUUUGGAGACCGAGGAGGUCUCGGAGGGGCCAAGACGGAGGACGGGGGACAGGCUUCGGGCUGUGGGUGGAGGGACGUUUUCGGGGCGACGUGGUCGGUGCUGUCGUGGGGUGGGUGGGCGGUGAUGGCGGUGGUGAAGGUGCUGCACGCGAUGCUGGCUUUGGCAAUGCUGCAGGCCAACCUGACGCGACUGCGCGCAGCGUACGGCCACGGCGGGACGGGGGCUGCGGUGCGGAGAAACUGGGCGGCGGCCUUGGUGUGGAAGCUCAACCACCUCUGUACCAGCAACACAGUCAUUUCGGCAGUUAUUCGGUCUCUUAACGAGAAGCUGGAGCGAGUGAUCGGACUGCCCCCCGUAACCCCGCCCUCCGCGGGCGGCCAUGGGCUGCGGCGCCAGAGUCGGACGAGAAGCUUCCGUACCGUCGGCGGCGUCGGCGGCGUCGGCGGCGGCGGCGGCGGUGAGACCGGACUCCGCAGGGGCCGUUUCGACUCCCUCCCCGCCGGGUCGGGCAGGGACGAUUUGGGCGGCGGCCGCGGCGGCUUGUCGAGGAUAGACGAGCACGACUACUCCGGCCUGGGAGUCGGGGACUACGGAAGGCGGAGGGACUCGUACUCUUCCCGGCGCUGGAGGGACGGCUACCCGCAGGCAGGGGACGGGAGGAGCCCCCCGUCCACGUCAGGGAGGUCGAGGUUGUCGUGGUCGUCGCCGUCGGUGCUGGCACGACAACGGCAUCAAGAUGCAGAGGCUCGUCGUCGGCAGUCUGACCGCCGACGUCGCGGGCCACCGGCGCGGUGCCACGGUGAGGAGGAGAGCCGCCGGGCGCGGGGGGGGCGCAGCGUUGAGCCUUCCCCGCAGGUGAACAGCUACGGCGUUCGUGGCGGAGCGUACGUCCGGGACGGAGACGGUGGAGGUCCGCAGCCGCAGCCGCAGCCGCAGCCACAGCCGCCGCAGCAGCAGCACGCCAGGAGUAUGAGCAGCAGCAGGCAAGAAGGGGUUCCCCACUCGUCUAACGGCUCUCUCGGGUCGUCGGCCUCCUCUUUGGUCUCCCUGUCCUCGCUGCGGCGGCGACCCCCCCUUUCUCCUCGUGCCCACAGCGGUAUCCACGCCGUUGUCGAUGAUGACGAGAACGAGCCUUGGUAUGGCGAUCGUGCCACGGAACGACCCGGAACCGGAGCCGGCGCGGCUUCCCCUGUAAACCCGCCGCCCGUGGAACGGAAGAGGUGGUUCGGUUCGGGCAAGGGCGUUCCCGCGGGAGGCGGCAGCGUAGGGGAGGGGGCGACAGAUGCGGAUCCCCGGGCGGGGAUGCCUGCUGGGGAGGAGGGCGACGAAGUGGAAAGCUUUGACGGUUAUUGCGAUGAUGCUCAAGAGCUUUCCGAUGGCGGUAUCUCUGACGGGUUUCCGUGGGACGGAGACAGUGCGGAAGACGUGGGCGAGGUCGAAAUGAGGCCAACCCUGGAGAGGAGUGGGUCGUCUCUGGACUUGCGGCGGGCGUUGCCGCACUUCAGGAGCGUCUCGGUGGGCCGCCUUGCGCUGGGGUUGAAGAAGGGAGAGCCGUCUGGCCGGGACGGCUGGCGGAAAGAGUUCCACGCCGCGGAGGCAUGUUUCUUUUGCCGCAAGCGCUUCAAGACCAUCACCAGGCAGAGGCACCACUGUAACAGGUGCCAUCGUGUGUUCUGCGCCAAGCACGGCUACACGGCACACCUCAAGGGCACGGUGUGCACGAUCCCGGGGGUCUGCAUCUGCGACGUUUGCCUCGAGAGUGUGGCCGGUGGUGAGGGCGACGGCGCCAGACACGAAGCGCGAACAACCCAGCGGCGGCUGUUCAAGGCGGGCCUCGAGGGCGGGGCUGCCUCUGUUACGAGCACCGGGAGCGAAGGCGGGAGCUCUGGGAAUGGCAGACGAUUCGGUUGGGGGCGGUCGACAAGCUUCGGCGAGCAGCUCCGGAGGAGGAGAAGAGCCGCCCCCGGCGACCAAUCAGCGAGCGAGAGGAAGGAUGACAACGAGGGGCCGUUUUCGGAAACCGUUACCGGCGCGGGAGACGGCAGCCUCGGCGGCGGCGGUGGUGCAACCGUCCGCGACAACGACCCUCCUCCGAACAGCGGGAGGUAUACGGCAGCCAAGAGGUCGGCGGUGCCGGUGUCGACACCGAGUUCGGAAACGCCCCUGAGAAUAGCCUCCGUUAGAGCGCUCACGGCCAGCCCCUCUGCCGAUGGCAGCAGCCCUGCCGCCGCCGCUGGCGACGGAGGAGGAGAAGGAGGAAGAGGCUCCGCUGAAUCGUUCUCCGUAGACCCGCGGCGUGUCGGCUGGGGCGUGUUCGGGACUAGAAGGAGGAUAACGAGAUAGCGUGGUGGCGAUCGUUUGUCGGCCGUGGUGUCGAGCAGCAGCUAGUCUUGACUCGUGCUUGCCAGUUGGUUUUCGUGGUUGACAAGUGACGGCAGCACUGCACCUCUAACUUGGACUGGGAGGUGGUGGGAAAAUGACGUGUAGUUUUUCGGUCGGUACGAUGAAAGCCGUUUGGGCUUUUGGGUGGAGUUGGUAUUGUAUCCCCUGUGCUUGACCUAGUCUAUGCGUCAUCCAUACGUAGCGAUGUCAGGAGCUUGGUGUACUUGGGGACAAUUGGCGCUAUUUUAUUCGCUUUUUGUACUCUUCGUUUUGUUAUGAGUACGAGAAGGUCUUUGGCUUUGUCGCGCCUCUUCAGUGCCUCCCUUCCCCGCCUUUGGCCGGUGAGCGGCGUCAACCACGGUGUUUCCGAGCGCGGUUCUCAAGUCUCUCGGGGCUUGCAAGGGGGGCGGUGUAUAUACGACGGUGCGUGUCGAUGUUCCCCCUGCGGCCUGUUGCGUGUGGCGUAGACACGGGACUUCGAGGGUAGGCGUGUUGUCGGCCAAAACGGGGUGGGGACCGGUUGAUAUUUUUCGCGAUGUCGGCUUUUUUUGAAUGACCAGUUUUGCGUUAUAGUUGGCCUGUGACAAAUGACAAUGCCCGCGUCAGUCGGACCGGUACGUAAGUUGGAAGGUACAGUACCACUGAACAGAUGCCGGAACGGCUUUCGAUGUGAAAACAACGACGAAAAAAGAAGAUUUGAACAUGCAUGGAUUUGAGGGCACUACCGAU